CUUUUUACUCCCAAACACUGCAGACACGCCUUGACACCACCUUUUAUACAGCACACUCCAUCUUAACUCCCCACAUCCCACCACCACCCUCCAUUCCAUUCCGCACUCAUCCUGCUGCCUUGUGCGGUUGUGCCUUCACUUCCCUGCUCUGCUCAGGGAUUUUGAUCAGAGAAGAAGUGAAGGCAAUCGGAUACUCUAUAAUGGAGUUCAAAGCAGGGAUUUUUACGGUGGUGAUGCUAGCCAUUGUGCUCUCCUCACCAGCAAUGGCUCAGAAGAAGAGUCCUCCUGCUCCACCGGCCCCAAUCCUUCCACCUUCCCCGGCGCCGGCGCCUGCGCCGCGCCAUGUGGACCUCGCUGAUCUCCUCAGUGUGGCCGGCCCAUUCCACACCUUCCUGGACUACCUGCAGAAGACUAAUGUCAUUGACACCUUCCAGAACCAGGCGAACAACACCAAAGAGGGCAUCACCAUCUUUGUUCCCACAGACUCGGCAUUCGCCGCGCUCAAGAAGACCACAUUUGCCAACCUCACCAAGGACCAGCUCAAGUCCUUGAUUCUAUACCACGCGUUCCCCAAGUACUACUCCCUGGCUGAGUUCAACAAGCUGAGCAGCCUCAACCCAGUAGCCACCUUCGCUGGCUCAGGGUACACACUCAACCUGACUGACAAUAUGGGCAGCAUCCAUGUGAAGUCGGUGUGGUCCAACCCGAAGAUCAGCAGCAGCGUGUACUCGACUGCUCCGGUUGCGGUGUAUGAGGUCAACAAGGUUCUCCUGCCAAUGCAAAUCUUCAAGAGCGACCCCCCGCUCGCCCCAGCCCCUGCGCCUGCCCCAGAUGCCAAGGCAUCUGAUGUUGCACCUAGCCCAACGUCAGGGAAAUCAGCAAGCGCAAAGGCGAAGGCGGAAGUGAAGAAUUCAUCACACCAAGUUGGUGUCGGUAUUGUCAAUUACUUGGUGCUGGCCGUCUCAGGUGGUUUGAUGCUCUUGUGGUGAAAAUUUGCAGGAUCCUGACCAUGUUGAAGCAGAGGGUUCAGCUCCUCCCCGAUUAAUUUUAUAUGGAUAUUCUGGACUCAUUCUUUGGACAUAGUAGGCAUUGUGUUAAGAUUGAGUUGUUGAGUAUUUGCAUCAUAUGUCUCUAUGGUUGCUCGUUGUUGAUACUCGAUUUGAUGCAUGUAUGCAGAAAGUAUUUCAUACUUGUCACUUGUCA